UGCCAGUGAGCCAGUCCAGUCAGUAGCGAGGCUAGCGAGAAGCCUCCACGAUGGCGAGGAGCGAGAGCAGCUAGAGCCAGAGCCCCCCGCGCCUUGCGAUCCCCGCGUCACGUGUCGAGACAGAGACAACAGACAAGCCGUUGAGACGAGAGAGUAAGAGAGCCCCGCACCGGACUCCCGCACCGCCCAGCCGGCCAAGGCCCAGGCCCAGCCCCACCGCCAUGUACUGCUGGCUGUCCACGUCCGCGCCUGCCUCCAGGCCCAACUUCGCGCUCCCUGGCGCCGCCAAGAAGGGCGUGCUCCCCAGCUCGGCGGUGAGGGAGGCGGACCAGGCCCGGCAGUCCGGGCAGCAGCAGCAAGAUCGGGCCAAACGCUUCAGGGACUCAAGAGCCAAGUCGGGCAGCAAGGACGGCCCCGACAAGGACAAGGAGAGGGAGAAGCCCGACGGCGCGGCGGCCGCGCGCUCGCGCAGCAAGAGCAGCCACCCCAAGCCGGAGAGCCCGGAGAAGGAGAAGGACAAGUCCCGGAGCAAGUCCAACAGCAAGCCCCACAAAACAGGCGAGGCGUCCGCGUCGUCGUCGUCAUCGUCCGGCGGCAAGUGACAGCGCCGCCUCUGCCUCUGCAUGUCGCCGGCAGAGGGCGAGCGCAGCGGCGGGGAGGGCGACGCGGACCUCGGCGAGGACCCCGUCGGACGCCCCGGACGCCCCGCCGCGGCCGCGACACAGUCCACGCAGUGCACGCAGUCCCGGUGAACGCGCCACCGACGCCACCGGCCUGCCCUGUUGUUGUUGAUGUUGUUGACGUUGUUGUUGUUCACUGACCAGUGUGGGAGGAAGAAAGCCUCAAGUGACCAAAAAAGAAGAGGAGGUAAUCACUUUUAUACUUCUAGUUAGCCGCGCGGCGGUGCGACAGUGCGAGGCGGUGCCGCCGUGACGUCAGCACGGUCAGCACGAUCAGCACGUCGAUCGCCCAGGCCGAAAGAUUGACCAUUUCGUGCGCGGGAACCAUUAGAACUGAGAUAUGAUUGUGCUGAAAAAAUGAGGGAAUGCAUGUGUGAGUGUAAGUGUGCGUGCGAGCGAGUGUAUGUGUGUGUGAGAGAGAGACGGAAAGAGAGAGAGAGAAUGGCCGUCAUCCAGUGAGAAAAGGGGUGUUCAAAUUUAUCAAUCGUUCUCAACAGCAGUGUCGUACUCCUUGCUUUGCCUCAACUGUCUCUCUCUCUUUCUCAGCAGACUUUUUCUUGUUUAUCAUUGCAGCUAAUAGGGGAUUAGAUGAGAGAUUUUGUGUCUAAAUCAAAACCCAUCCAACAAAGUGUGUGAGACUGCACCUAUACAGCCCCCUGCAAAAGGGGGUGCCUUUUAGUAUUGUGCACAUAUUUUCUUUUAUUUAAAUAUAAAAUAUAAAUGGUAUAUAUAUGUUAUAAUAUAUAUUUGUGAUAUGUCACUUAAGAUGGCCUACCAAUCCAUUAAUUUGAAGGGGUGCCCUAGCCAUAGUCUUUUCUACUUCAGAAGGCAGGACAGAAUUCAAAUCGCGAGGGCGCACUCUGUGGCUCUCAAAAUGACGGAUGAAUAGAUUUGAACUCUCCAUGAUUUCACCUCAAGUCCGAACUGGCGUCUCCCCUUCGGUUCAUGAGGACGCAGCGAGAAAGUACACCACCGACUGUAAGUACACUCAAACUGUCCGCGAGUAACCGUUACAGAGUAAUAACCGCCAUUUUUGACCCUUAUUGAAAAGAAAUUUAUCCGUCGAUUGUGUGUUACUGUAAAAGGGUUGGUGUACUUUCCCGCACAUAAGAAGAUUUUUUUAAAUGUCGAAUUGUGAUCUUGUAUUCAAUCAUGUAUUCAUUAUCGCUAUGUAAAUAUGAUUUCCUCUUCAUUCCCUGUGGUAACGUCCCGAUACAUAGAUUAUCGCUAAUUUAUUUCAUGUUUAAAACAUCUAUCAACAGUCCAGUGUUUAUUGACGCUCACGUCCACUACAUGUUAAGGUACAUAAGGUGUUUUUGGCGCGAAAAAUUGUGUCAUGUUUGUUUGUGUUGGCCUUGAAGCGGGCCGCUGUGUCAUGUUCCUUCCAAACCCAAAUGCGCGCGUUCGUCGGGUUGCCUAGGGUUGCCCACCCUGCAGGCAACGUGCGAGGGAAGUCCCGGAAGUCCGCCGCUUGCCUGUCAGAAUGUGCACACGCUGUCCUUUCAUAGUAAAUACUUUCUUUGUUGCCUCCGUGUCGUUCUGACCUGCAGUGCAAAGCCUGCAGUUUCACAGUGCUGCAGUGGGAGAGACACAGAGAGGCGCCUGGUUUCUGGUUCAUUUUGCCGGGACGAGUCAUGGCGGUCGAAGCGCAGCGGAUGGCUGUCCGAACGCCAAACGCCAAACGCCGCUGUAGUUUGACUUUACGCUCUGUAGGGGCAGUUGGCUCUAAAGAGAGGUUUAUUUUCAUACGAUUAAAAGCAAACUCAUAGACCGUAAAAUUUUAUAUGAAAGGUAGCUUAAACAGGAUUUUUACGUUGCAGAAUCACGCGAUUUCUGAUGAAACGGUUAGAUUAUUUUCUAAUGUAAGACUGUUCAUUUCUGACUUAGCAUCGUAUCGUCUGGUGCGUUCCGUUCGGCGCGAGCGCCGCCUAUCAUUUCCGCAACCUCACUGGUUGGAUGGCGAGUCUCGGUCAGAGGCCCACAGGGGCGCAGGGGCGCAGGGGCGCAGCGGCGCAGGGGUGGAUCCAGAAUUUGCCGAAGGAGGGGUAGAGAAGCGCCUUUUGCCUGCGACUAGCUGGAGCUGUCUGCCUACCGUGGCCUAGCUAGUGCCCAAGGAGGGGGCAACUACCCCCUUUCCACCCCCCGGAUGCGCACCUGUUGGGGAGAGCGAGCGAAAGAACGCCGACGGCCUGGACCGAGGAGGAACGCUGUUUGGCUGUCUCGCGACGGCGUGCUAGUCCAAGCGGCUCCAAAACUGUUUUCGGUCGAACCGGGCAAGAAAAUUCACAUUGGAAAAAAACAACAAAAACAAUGCGAAACCUUGUUUUUUCGGAGGAGGUGGGAUCGAAGUCGAUGUCAGUCAUACGAGAGUCGGUCACGCUCGCAAUAUUGAUUUGAUAUCGGAUUAGGAAUUAUAAAAAUAUCGCUAGGCGGAGAGAGCGACCUCGGUCUGAGGAUCAUUAUUAGGUCUGCCAUUAAUCGUGGAAUGGACCCGCGAUCGUGAAUAGUGAAGACGGCCUUGGACUCAGCGAGCACGCAGCCAUUCAUACCCUUGGUCUUCCAUUGUCAGGAUCUCAUUGUUCAAAUGUCAGUGUGAAAGUAAGACUGGAUCAAACCAAAGGCAGACACCCGCUGUCGUUUUGGAGUGUAGUCUUCCCUUCCCACCACGCUGUACGUACCUGCUGCCAAAUAGAAUGUGGUCCUGGAACUUUUCAAGGAUUGAAGUGAACUAGAUGAAGUCGAAAACUGUUGGCUGGGCGAUGAAGAGGCCCUUCGUCAGAUUCUAAUAAUAAGUCAAUGAAAAUUCCAGCAGAAGUUUCAGAGGUCCAGAGAUGUGCACUUCAUGCUCCUGCCCCCCAUGGCUUGCUAUCGCUCAGCCAACUGAUCGCUCAGCCCAAGAAAGAUCAGAGAGCUCGAAGGGAAACAAAAGCUUGUUGCUUUUCUACCUUUAUGCAAGGUCUAAUGCAUCUUCAAAUGGCGAUACUUUGGGAGGAAAGAAAGCUUAUUAAGUUCUCCUCAACUAUUUUGAUUUUGGUUGCUGGAUAAGCUCGCCCCUCAUUAAAUUUAAAAAUUGAAAAAAGGAAAAAAAAAUCAACUUUUUAAUACAAGCAGGAAACCUAAGUUAUGAGUGUGCAAUGAUUUUGUUAUUUUGUUUUUUUUAUCUAUGUUUGUUUCAAGCCAGUGUAAUGCUCUUAUUAAGCUAAAAAAAAAGCAGUUUUACUGUACUUCCAUUUGAUGUUCUCUCAUUUCUCCUGUGUAAAUGCUUGAGUGAAUAAAUUUAUUUGAAAUGUGGA